UCGCAUCUCAUUGCCAUGCAACCUUGAUUCUAAAGCCAAUAGCUCCUGACCUUUACCUGCAGGAACAUGGACCGAGAAUCCAGCAUCGUGCAUCAGCUGUUCUCUGCUGGCCUUUGGCAAACUCUUCACUUCAAGCUGCAGCUGUUUGUUGGUAUCUCCUCCUGAGACUAUCUCUCGCACUUCAUUGAGGGCCUUUGUGCGUCUUGUCGCUUGUCUGGGUGAGACAUCUAACGUUCCAGCAACCGCUCUGGGAAACCCUUAUCCAGAGUGAGGAUGUUGUCAGGAGGAGAUGCGUGUGAUGUAGGAGUGGGAUCCUGGUCUGUCAACACCAGGUGUAGCUUGCAGCCACUCUCAAGGUGUUGCAGGUGCUUCUCGGCUGCUCCAACUACUUUCUUCCCACACCUCCUGCAGCGGACCUGGAGUGACUCGAGGAGCUUCAGCAGCACAGAUGGAGCAGCCCUUAUCUGGGCGGUGUCCAAGGCAUGUGACUGGAUGCAGCAAGGACAUGGAAGAGGAUCCAGUGUGAUGGUGCAUUGCACCCAUGCACAGACACAUGAUGUGCAGCAGUGUGCUCCACAUGGGAGUUGCAGAGGUCUGACUAAUACCUCCAGACACAGUGGACACUCAAUGUCACCGAGUGUGAAAGGAGUGUGAGGUGGGAGGAUGUACUCCAGAGCUUCCUGGGUGAUUAGCACGCAUGGCAGAAUUCUGGCGGGUGAAUCGCAGGAUCAUCUCUCUCAGCCAAGACACCGUAGACAGCCAGAAGAGCUGAUGUGUGUGCUCUAACACUGUACUUGCUCUCCCUACUACUGCAGUGCUUCCCACACACAACAGUGUUUGGGAACUUGAGUGUAAUGUGU